AUUGCACGCAUUAAAUUGCUUUUCAUUUCCGCGCUGUGACAGUCCUGAGAUUGGGGGAUUUAUGCGUUGUUGUUUUUUUUGUUUUUUUCCCCCCAUCUACAGAGUGAUUCCAGCUGUCAUACGAUGGUAAUUGUUUCAUAAUGUGUUCGUCGCUGUAGGGGAUGCGCUGGUUUGUACCAACCAAGACCAAGUUCCACUAGUUGAAACGUCGGUGGUGGUGGUGGUGGAGGAGGAAGAUGAUGAAGCUCGUGCAAUAAACAUGGGAUUUCUCAUGCCGAGUGACGGACUGGAGGAAAAGGGUCGGAUUCUGGAGGAGCAGACGCAACUGAUCUCCGGUCGAUUUGGACGCUCCUGCAUUUGAAAUUUAAAAAAAAAGGAGAGAGACCUUGGGCAAGAUCUAUACAUAAACUGGUACACGCCGCACCACUGGCAGCGAGCAGACAAGGGGGAUUCGUGCCUCUCUCUUCCCUCCUGCUUCGCCCAGUGCGCAUGGAUGAAAGUCACAGUUAAAAUGCAUGCGGCAAGUCCUGUCUGAUGUGGGAUUACGGAGUUUUUAUUCGCCCCCUUUUCUCCACCAUGUUCGAACUUUGGUUCUGGCUCUUUUUCCGAGAUGAUGCUGCUAAAAUCGCUCGCUGCUGCUGCUGCUGCUGCUGGAAGAACACAGGACCCAGCUUUGCCGCGCUGGCUGGCACGUUAUUGGCCUGAAUGAGACUGUGUGUGUGUGCUCUCCGAUCGCCUGGUUUAUGGAGCUAAGCACCGAGGAGACUUGACUUUUAAGGAUUUUUUUGUUUUUUUGUUUUCUUGUUUUGCUUCUUUUUUUUUUUUUGUCGACAGCCGACGGAAGGGCGGGCGGUGAAAAUCCAUGUUUCCUGUGAGCUCGGAGGAGAAGGAAGGCGCACAGUCGUGAUUUUCGGGAUGCUUUGGCGUUUACCGGGAUCAGAACGAUGACACCUCAUACUGGCACCGCCGCGCUUGAGUGAGCUGGGGCAUCCUCUCCCAGGAAACAUGCAUAUCUGGAUCCUAAAAAUAAUCCUUCUGAUUGCAUCAUCUCUGGGGCUGGUCGAGAUGUAUGACAAUUAUGGGGAGAUCUGCCGGAGCCUGUGUACGUGCGAGGAGAAGGAAGGGAUCCUGACGGUGAGCUGCGAGAACAGGGGGAUCAUCCGACUGACGGAGGUCAGCCCGGUGCACUUCUCCAUGUACCACCUCCUGCUGACGGGGAACCUCCUGAAGAAGCUGUCAGUCAAUGAUUUCAUCAACUACACCGGGGUGACCAUCCUGCACUUGGGGAACAAUGACAUCUCAGAGGUCGAGUCAGGUGCCUUCAACGGACUCCAGGGAUUAAAACGGUUGCACCUGAACAACAACAAGAUCGAAGUUCUAAGGGAUGACACGUUUGCAGGACUGGAGAGUUUGGAAUAUCUACAGAUUGAUUAUAAUUACAUCACCAAUAUAGAGCCCAAUGCUUUGAGCAAGCUACACCACUUGACAGUGAUGAUUUUGAAUGACAACCUGCUCUCGGUCCUGCCCCCCAACAUCUUCCGGAAUGUUCCCCUUACGCACUUGGACCUGAGGGGGAACCGGUUAAAAAUGUUCCCCUACAUCGGCCUCCUGGAGCAUAUGGACAAAGUUGUGGAAUUACAGCUGGAGGAGAACCCUUGGAAUUGCUCGUGCGAGCUCAUCGCUCUGAAGGCCUGGCUGGAGAGCAUAGCUUACACAGCCCUGGUGGGGGAAGUCGUGUGCGAGACGCCGUUCAGGCUCCACGGCAGGGACCUGGACGAGGUGUCCAAACAGGAACUCUGCCCGAGAAGACCCCUGGAAGAUACAGUCAGGCCUGCGCCCCCGAGCAGCACCAAUGGAUAUUACCAGACCACACCUGCUGCUGUAACAGCCUCCGCAACCUCCUCGGCUGUUUUCAGGUCCUCCUCUAGGCCUACCAAGGGCACAAGGCAAUUCAACAGAACUCGGUUAAAGCCCACUUCCCGAAUACCAGGUGGCAACCCUUACAAUUAUGGCCCGAUUAUUGCUUUUCAGACCAAAUCUCCUGUGCCUUUGGACUGCCCCACUGCCUGCACUUGUAACCUGCAGAUAUCUGAAAUUGGGCUUAAUGUCAACUGUCAAGAGAGGAAGAUUGAAAGCAUCUCUGAUCUAAAACCCAAGCCAUACAAUCCGAAAAAGAUGUAUCUCACUGGAAAUUACAUCCCCGUGGUGCGGAGAUCAGAUUUUGUUGAUGCCAUCGGAUUGGAUUUGCUUCACUUGGGGAACAACAGGAUAAGUCUCAUCCACGACCGGGCUUUUGGGGAUUUAACCAACCUGCGUAGGCUGUAUUUAAACGGUAAUCUCAUGGACAGGCUUACAGGGGAGAUGUUUUUUGGUUUGCAGAACCUGCAGUAUCUUUAUUUAGAAUACAACAAAAUCAAGGAGGUCGACGCGGGAACUUUCCGCUACCUCCCUAAUCUCCAGCUGCUUUUCCUCAACAACAACCUCCUGAAAACCUUACCCGUGGGCAUCUUUUCCAGCCUCUCCCUGUCCCGGCUCAACCUGCGCAACAACCAUUUCCAAAACCUGCCUGUGAGCGGCGUUUUGGAUCAGCUGAAGCUGCUGGUGCAGAUCGAUCUGUUCGAGAACCCCUGGGACUGCUCUUGCGACAUCGUCGGGAUGAAGAUAUGGCUGGAGCAGCUCAGCGCAGGGACCGUGGUGAACGAGGUCGUGUGCGAGACGCCCAGGCGCCACACGGGUAUGGACGUUCGCUCGAUCCAGUCGGAGCUGCUCUGCCCGGACUACUCUGACACUUACGCCUCGCCGACUCCCCCGACGGAAGAGCCGAUGGACGACCGGGUCGUCACCACGAACGCCCCGCAGAAGUUCGACACCCCCAGUAGCACCGUCCCGCUCUCUGUCCUCAUCCUCAGCCUCUUGCUCGUCUUCAUCAUGUCCGUCUUUGUGGCAGCCGGGCUGUUCGUCGUGGUCAUGAAAAAGCGUAAAAAGUCCCAAAGUGACCGCACCAGCACCAACAAUUCAGACGUCAGCUCUUUCAACCUGCAGUACAGCCUCUACAGCAACAGAUCGUGCCCUAAGGUGAAGGCCCCGGUCGGCCACGUCUAUGAGUACAUCCCCCACCCCAUGGGUCACAUGUGCAAAAACCCCAUUUACAGGUCACGGGAAGGGAACACAGUUGAGGAUUACCGUGACCUCCAUGAGCUCAAGGUCACCUACAGGAGUACCCCGGAUGAUGACAGGGAUAGCAGUACUAUGAGGAGUCCUGCGUACAGUGUAAGCACCAUCGAGCCACGUGAAAACCCCUCCCCCGUUCAGGAUGCAGACCAUUUCUUCAGAGGCAUCCUCGAGCCGGAUAAGCAGCCCCCUCAUCCGUCCAUGGCAUCCAUUCCAGCAGGUGCCAAUUUAGAGUACAAGUACACAGGGCCUGUGGCGUACACGUACAACCCCAAUUUUGAUGUCAGACGUCAGUUCUUGCACCCGGAGAGGAUAAGAGAAACAGUGCUCUACGGCACAGCACCCAGUACUGUUUACGUGGAGCCCAACAGGAAUGAGUAUUUGGAGCUAAAAGCUAAACUCCAGUCUGAGCCCGAUUACCUCGAAGUUCUUGAGAAACAGACCACCUUUAGCCAGUUCUGAGCAACAGAAUCAUUGACGUAAUGAAAAAGCAUUUUCUCUCUUGACCCUCCUUGGAAGGAAAAAAAAAAAAGGCCUGGCUCAGUUUUUUUUUUUUUUUUUUUUUAAAGGGUGCCUUGGCACAACACAAA